AUGCGCAGCGCCGCUCUCUCAUCGCUGUCGCAACUGCUGCUGCUGAUCGCCUCCUCGCCGCACCAUGUCGCCGCCGACGGCACCGUCUGGGCGACCCCCCACGACAGCUACUCCUCCUCCGUCGGCGUCCUCGGCUGCAAAAUCAACACGGACCGCGUCGCCUACUGGCCGGGCUCGGUGGACUGCAACAACCUCUGCCUCUCCCUCACCUACGACGACGGCACCGCCGACGGCAAGCGCACCGUGAAGCUCCUCCGCAUCGACCAGUCCCAGGGCGCCCACGACGUCAGCUACGACGCAUGGAACUACCUCUACACCGGCCACUCGGCCAAAAAGGCGCCCGUCGCCGGCGGCGCCCUGGCCAUGGACUACAAGGAGCUGCCGGCGGACGACUGCAAGGAGCUCCUCAAGACCAAGAACAAGAAGCUGCCGCUCAGCGCGUCCAACAGCAUGAACUUUCUCGCCAGCUGCCUCGACCAGCCGGGCAGCUGGGUGGCCGAGAACUACGGGCUGUACAACACCCUCGACGCGGUCUGCGCCUGGGGGUACGACGAGGAGUGCACGCUGGAUUGGCCCGCGGCGAACCAGCCCACGUGCAAGCACGCGCUCGGCAUGCCGGUGGCGCUCAAGGAUGCGCCGGUGUAUAAUGUGCAGUAUCCCACCGGGGAUGUCGUCGUCGCGUCGACGGGCGAAAAGGUGUCGAGUCCUGGGGGUAGCACCAGUCUGGCGGUGCCUUUGCCGAUGCAAAAGGGCGCGUCGGGCCGCGGGAUGUUGAUGCUGUGGAUGGCUGGUUCGCUAGUCUGGACGUGCCUCAUGAUGGGUUCAUGCUGA